CAAAUCGCAUCUCGAUAGUAACACAUUAAUAACGGUGACAAAGUAAAUGCAAUAAACUACAAACCAACUCGACUUUAGUAAAAUCUGAUCUAUAAAAAGGCAUCGAUGCUGUUAGUAGGUUCCGGAACAUUUUCCAGAAAAUGCACCGGAAUGAGAUUCAGAAAUCAUUGGAUAAAUUAAUACAGAGACUCUUAAAUAAGGCGUCCACAUCCCCAAUAGAUAAUGUCACAGUCAUGAAUCCCAACUAUAACCUUCACCCCAAAAUGGCAAAAAUAACUAGUUGCGUUAAGCCAAUUUGCUAUUUUAAUCGUAAAGCAAACAAGUUUGGUGACCCUCAACUUAGGUAGUAGCCCAUUCUCCUUUCCACUCCUUUGAAAAUGUGCAGCAUUUGAUAUAUUACUUUGCAAGACGCGAGCCUCUUGGACUAACUGGCAAUAGAUCAAACUGACCGCUGAGUUACCGUGUACUGUAUACACGAACUUGAAUGUAUCAUCAAUUUGAUCAACGUGCAGAAGGCUGCGAUGCUGCAGCGGGUGAUUGACGCCUGCUGCCCACUUCCACACACCGCCAUUGGCUGUGACCUGUCUGUCGCGGCGUGCUGGGCACUCUGAGUGGCUGACUACUCGCCCUGGCCGUGCAAUCAAUGGUUUGAUUGGCUGAGCUGAGCGCAGCGGCACUUCAAAGGGUGCGCUGAGUACAAUUAGGUGGAGUAGUCCGGAGAACAAGGCAGUGAGUGAGCACACACCAUCCUCAACUCUGACAGCGUACUUUCCUUUCAUUUAAGGACACCGCACAGUCAAAAACAAAAAAGGAAGAAAGAAUCCGCCAUGGCAACCUCAAUACUUGGGGAAGAACCCAGGUUUGGGACCACUCCGUUGGCAAUGCUGGCCGCCACUUGUAACAAGAUUGGCAACACAAGCCCACUGACAACUUUGCCAGAAUCCAGUGCAUUUGGGAAGGGCGGAUUUCAUCCAUGGAAACGUUCCGUCUCCAAUUGUAACCUGGGGUCAGGCCUGUCAGGAUUCAGCGUGGCCAACAGCCGAGCUUCGGGCGGCAUGAACAACGGGUUCUCGGUCAGCAACGGUUCCGGGAACAGCGCCUUCUGUUUAGCUUCCACUUCUCCAACGUCUUCUGCUUUUAGCACCGAGUACAACCUCUUCUCCAACUCCGUCUCGGCGAAUGUCAACACGCAGGACACGGGACAGUCGGCGUUCAUAUCCAAAGUCCACUCGUCCGCUGACACGCUCCAGGGAAUGUAUCCCAGGGUCGGGAUGGCUCAUCCAUAUGAAUCCUGGUACAAAUCCGGGUUCCACACCAGUAUUUCGGGCGAAGUUGGCAGCGGAGCGUCCUCCUGGUGGGAUGUGCACACUAACCCCAGUUGGCUGGAAGUCCAGAAUCCAAACGGUGGCCUCCAGCCCUCCCUGCACUCUGGGGCUGCCCAGGCGUCCCUGCAUACACAGCUGAGCACUUACAACGCAGACUUCUCCACCCUGAGCCACUCCGCCUUCAGCUCCACGGGCAUCGGUUCCACCGCUUCUCACCUGUUGUCCACGGGGCAACAUCUCCUCGCUCAAGAUGGCUUCAAGCCUAUGAUUCCAUCCUAUACGGAUUCCACCUCGGCUGCAAUCACAGCCAACUCCAUGAUUUCAGGCCCCUCAGCUUUGGGAAGCUCGGCCAGGUCUUCCCGACGAUACUCUGGCAGAGCAACCUGCGACUGCCCCAACUGCCAGGAGGCCGAGCGCCUUGGACCUGCCGGAGCCAGCCUUCGGAGGAAGGGCCUCCACAGCUGUCACAUCCCGGGCUGCGGUAAGGUCUACGGCAAGACUUCUCACCUCAAGGCACACUUGAGGUGGCACACUGGCGAGCGGCCUUUCGUUUGUAACUGGUUGUUCUGCGGCAAACGCUUCACCCGAUCGGACGAGUUGCAGAGACAUUUGAGAACCCACACGGGAGAGAAACGCUUCGCCUGUCCGGUCUGCAACAAACGCUUUAUGAGAAGCGACCAUCUAAGUAAACACAUCAAAACACACAGCGGCGGCGGAGGCAAAAGGGGCAGCGACAGUGACACCGACACCAGCAACCUGGAGACCCCUAGAUCAGAAUCGCCAGAUAUCCUAAUGGAGGCUGUGCACUCCAAUAGAGCAAUCAAAUCAGCUACUCCGGUACAAAACGAUUCCUAAAUCUAAUCCCCACAACGGGAAAUUAUUCAAACUUUAUGUCCAAUAUGACCAGUAAGUACCUGGAGUUCCAAGCCCCGUACUCUCACGGAAGCUACAUCUUGAAAAAAGGUGAGCAAAUGUACAUCAAAUGCUUGGGACUUGUUUCUCUAUGUAUAAGAUUGUCUAAAAUUCUAUGUACAGAAAAGUUCAAAGUGUCCUGUGUUUCCUUUUUUUUCAUUGUAUGUGUUUGAUAAAACUAUUUUGUGACCGGGUCGCACUUGAAACUGGGAGAUAUAUGAUUUCGAUGCACUUUGUGAAAGUCGAUAUGUAGUAAAUUGCAUAUUAAUCAGCUCGUCCACUAUAUGAACUGCAAAUCCGCGCCGCAUAAAGUAUUAUAUGCAUUUAUCUGUAUAAAUAAAUUGUGCAAA